UGUAUUCUGAAUUUAGUUGGUUCUUUUCCAUCGACCUGCAUUGGGCAUUUGAAAUCCAUCGUUGAUUCUUCAUUUUGUGAUCAAACCAUUAGGAAGCAGACGUUUGAUUAUUCUAUUAAGACGGCAGUAGCGUUUUAAUUUUGGUUUUUCUGGGUUCAUUAGUUCUCAUCCGAGGGUAAAGGUCAUUUGACAAUUGUUUUUGUAAGAAUUGGCAAAUUGUUGCUUUGACAUUAUUUCCCUGUAGAGAAUUAUUUUCCUGUCAUUGUUGCUGUGCCAAUUGUGUUCUCUAAUGGAGCAUGUAGUCCAGCGGAGCAGCUUGCUAGCACAUGCAUCUUCUCCUGGUUUCUUUGCAUUACCAGCGAAUCAAGAUAUCGAUUUAAGGCAGAAAGGAAAGAUGCGUCGGUGGCUCUGUUGCACUUGUCAAGUAGAGGAGUCUUACCAGACAUGUGAAAACGAAUUCCUCAAAAGGCCAGAGACCUAUGCUGAUGGAAACCAAAAAGGCUCCAAGGCAUCUACUCCUGCCAAGCCUGAAGUACUAAAAGCGCCACCACCUAUUGAAGUUCCCGCAUUGUCUUUAGAUGAAAUUAAGGAAAAAACUGACAAUUUUGGGUCAAAGUCAUUGAUUGGUGAAGGAUCAUAUGGAAGAGUAUAUUAUGCAACCUUAAACAAUGGAAAGGCUGUGGCUAUAAAAAAACUUGACGUUUCAUCUGAGCCAGAGUCUAAUGUUGAGUUUUUGACUCAGGUUUCCAUGGUGUCAAGACUGAAGCAUGAAAAUAUUGUUGAGCUGCUUGGAUACUGUGUGGAAGGAAAUCUCCGUGUGUUGGCAUACGAGUUUGCCACCAUGGGGUCUUUACAUGACAUUUUGCAUGGAAGAAAGGGAGUCCAAGGUGCACAGCCGGGUCCUGUGCUUGACUGGAUGCAGCGUGUGAGGAUUGCUGUUUUUGCAGCUAGGGGACUGGAGUACUUACAUGAGAAAGUUUCACCUUCUAUAAUACACCGAGAUGUCAGAUCAAGCAAUGUACUCCUAUUUGAGGACUUCAAAGCCAAAAUUGCAGAUUUCAACCUUUCAAACCAGGCUCCGGACAUGGCUGCUCGUCUUCAUUCAACUCGAGUCUUGGGGACCUUUGGUUAUCAUGCUCCAGAGUAUGCGAUGACUGGCCAAUUGACACAAAAGAGUGAUGUAUAUAGCUUUGGGGUGGUGCUUUUGGAGCUUCUAACUGGUAGAAAGCCUGUGGACCAUACAAUGCCUCGUGGUCAGCAGAGUCUUGUCACUUGGGCAACGCCAAGAUUGAGCGAGGACAAGGUUAAACAAUGUGUUGAUCCAAAACUGAAAGGAGAAUAUCCUCCAAAAGGAGUUGCUAAGCUGGCAGCUGUGGCGGCCUUGUGUGUGCAGUAUGAAUCCGAGUUCCGACCAAACAUGAGCAUUGUAGUUAAGGCACUUCAACCACUCCUCAACUCGAAGCCUGCUGCACCAGCACCUGCGAUUUAAGAAUAUUGCUUCACACCCCCCCCCUGGGUCUUUUACUCUUGUGUCUUGAGACUGGUUUGGUUUCUUUUUUCUGGUUUGAUUUACAAUUUUUUUUUUAUUUCUUUGCAACAUUGAGAUUGGGUUUGGCGAUGGAUUGUGGCCCCGUCAGUCUCGGAAUCAUUGUUGACUUUCCAUUAUGGUUAGGAAAUUGUGAAUCAUGAAUGACUUGGGAUUGGGUUGUGGUGGAUGACAUUUGCUCCUUGGUGUUUCUCUGACUUGCAUUCUUUCUCAUUUCCUCUUUUAAGUUUGAAGGCGUGCUCCACAACUUUGUACAUUAAACUGCAUUUCCAUCAAUGGUUAUGUGAUAUGUUCUGCUUGAUCUGUAAUCUUAUGGAAUACAAUAUUUACUACUAAUAUGAAGGUGAGAAUUGUUUUUAA